CUGCUACGCCACAACUCGACAGAAACUCCUCUGCCCUUUUAUCUUCAGUUCUCCUUCAGAAACAUCAGACACUGGGCGUCUGUGGAAACAGACACUACACGCUGGCAGAAAGGGGGAACUGGAGCUUAAGCGGCAACCCCCCCCUCCUCCCACAAUAUCCUCUUUUGGACCCAACCAGCCCCCGUUUUAAUGUUAUCUCUUUGGUUUUAGCGUGGCUCUCGCUCACACACAAACACACGUGUGAGGAUGAUUGGCCGGGCAGAUGGUGCUCAGUGUGUGGACUAGAAGCUGAGACCAAGCUGAGAGGGACAGACUCCUCGUCCAUCAUGGGAUGCUGCAGUGUGACCCAGAGGAAUACUGGGGUGGACGAGGUGGGACCCGAUGAGAUCGAGCUCCUGGAACUCUCUGGAGACAACUCAGGGGUGUGGAGUCUGGGAGAAACCAGGCUGCAGCUGAGGAGGAGCAGCAGAGAUGAGCAGCAGCCCCAGCCUCCACCACGACCGCCGCCCCGCUACCCAUCAGUACGACACCUGGAGCAAGAGGUGGUGCUGUGGGGCAGGAGCAGAGAUGAGCUGCACCGUAGGAUUUAUUCCCAGCAGCCAAUCAGAGGCUGGGAGGGUCAACCAGCCCACAUGUAUGGAGAGGUUACCCACUCCUCUCUGGUGUCUCUCUACAACAGCUACACACAGGAAACCAGCGAACACUUCCUGGUGCUGUUCUCAUUUCACCUGCUGAUCCUCUCUCUGGACCACUCUGCACAGGACUUCAUCUAUCAGGGCAUCCUUCCUCUUUCUGGCCUCACCUUACAGGCCGUCUCCCUGGAAGCCGACACGUCACAUUCACCUCACAUGUUUGAGAUCAGCGGACCGAUGAUGGAUUCCAAGGUGUUCGUCUGUGACAGUGCUGCAGCGUUACACACAUGGACGCAGCAAAUAGAAGACAGGAGAUACAAGUCAAUGACACAACCCAUGAGUCCCUCUCACUGCGCCCUCUCCUAUCUACUACCGUGUGAUAUGGGCUGGAAAAGAGAAGAACUGCUCAAAUACUUACUACAAGCUCCAAUAUGGCAGUGGGAGGGUUCACCCAUACAGCACAUGGGCCAGCCAGGAUUCAUAUCGAUCAUCCAUAUCAUCAACUCACAGAGACAGGGACGCCAAGAAAGACUCAUGGUUCUCUUCCCUCAAGACGUCCUGCUGCUGUCAGUUGACAACAAGCGGCUGAAUAUACGAUAUGAGGGCAGGUUGCCCCGACACAGCAUCAGAGCAGUGGAGCGCUCAGCCCUGCCUGGACGGCUGGAGUUUGAGCUGACAGGUGAUCUGGUGGAGCCCCUGCAGGUCUCUUGCACCUGUCUGGAGGAUUAUCAGAACUGGAUUUUUCAACUACAACAGCCGGACAGAAGCAACCACAUCACUGGGAUUCAGGCUGCACCUCCAAUCCUGCCAAAGCUGCAGAGGAGCAGGAAGGAGUCCCAGGAGCCGAUAAUAAAUGCCGACCAAUGUCACAUCAAUGGACGCAGCUGACUCACCAGAGAGUGAAAGUUCACUGGAACUAACUGUGUAGAUAGCUUGUACAUAUUACUUUUACAUUUCUGCCACAGAAUUGAGAUGAAGAUGUUCUGAAAUGUUCUCACCCUAGUUUUGAUGCAUGAGGUUUCGUCACAGAGGAACUGAAAAGAUACUUUUAGUUCUUUCAUGUGGGCACAAACUUAAAUGAGGCCAUGACCUGAUGUAUCAGAUGUAGACAGUGUAGAGCUGUAUUGGUUUUAACAGAAACAGAA